GGGGCUGUUGUAAGAGGAACUAGGCCUGGGAGUCUGGUGCAGGAGCAGGAGCAGGAGCAGGGCCAUGCCCGAGCCACCCCCCAGAAGAGCCUGAGCCUAUACCCCUGCCACCACGACCCAUCCGGGCACUCCCCCAGGGGCCUGACACAACCACCAUGGGCAGCAAGGAGCGCUUCCACUGGCAGAGCCACAACGUGAAGCAGAGCGGUGUGGACGACAUGGUGCUGCUGCCCCAGAUCACCGAGGACGCCAUCGUGGGCAACCUCCGCAAGCGCUUCAUGGACGACUAUAUCUUUACCUACAUCGGCUCUGUGCUCAUCUCCGUAAACCCCUUCAAGCAGAUGCCUUACUUCACUGACCGGGAGAUCGACCUCUACCAGGGCGCGGCCCAGUACGAGAAUCCCCCACACAUCUACGCCCUCACAGACAACAUGUACCGGAACAUGCUCAUCGACUGUGAGAACCAGUGUGUCAUCAUCAGUGGAGAGAGUGGAGCUGGGAAGACAGUGGCAGCCAAAUACAUCAUGGGCUACAUCUCCAAGGUGUCUGGUGGAGGCGAGAAAGUCCAGCACGUGAAGGAUAUCAUCCUGCAAUCAAACCCACUGCUAGAGGCCUUCGGCAAUGCCAAGACCGUGCGCAACAACAAUUCCAGCCGCUUUGGCAAGUACUUUGAGAUCCAGUUCAGCCGCGGCGGGGAGCCAGAUGGGGGCAAGAUCUCCAACUUCCUGCUGGAGAAAUCCCGAGUGGUCAUGCAGAAUGAAAACGAGAGGAACUUCCACAUCUACUAUCAGCUGCUGGAAGGAGCCUCCCAGGAGCAGCGGCAGAACCUGGGGCUCAUGACCCCCGACUACUAUUACUACCUCCAAUCGGACACCUACAAGGUGGAUGGCACGGAUGACCAGAGCGACUUCAGCGAGACUUUGAACGCCAUGCAGGUCAUCGGGAUCCCCCCCAACGUCCAGCAGCUGGUCCUGCAGCUUGUGGCGGGAAUCCUGCACUUGGGAAACAUCAGCUUCUGCGAAGAUGGGAAUUACGCCCGGGUGGAGAGUGUGGACCUGCUGGCCUUCCCCGCCUACCUGCUGGGCAUCGACAGCACACGGCUGCAGGAGAAGCUCACCAGCCGCAAGAUGGACAGUCGCUGGGGCGGACGCAGUGAGUCCAUCGAUGUGACCCUCAACGUGGAACAGGCGGCCUACACCCGCGAUGCCCUGGCCAAGGGGCUCUACGCCCGUCUCUUUGACUUUCUCGUGGAGGCCAUCAACCGCGCCAUGCAGAAGCCCCAGGAGGAGUACAGUAUUGGUGUGCUUGACAUUUAUGGCUUCGAGAUCUUCCAGAAAAACGGUUUUGAGCAGUUCUGUAUCAACUUUGUCAACGAGAAGCUGCAGCAGAUCUUCAUCGAGCUCACCCUGAAAGCUGAGCAGGAGGAGUAUGUACAGGAGGGCAUCCGCUGGACCCCCAUCCAGUACUUCAACAACAAAAUCGUCUGUGACCUCAUUGAAAACAAGCUGAGCCCCCCAGGUAUCAUGAGCGUCCUGGAUGAUGUGUGUGCCACCAUGCAUGCCACGGGUGGCGGCGCUGACCAGACCCUGCUGCAGAAGCUGCAGGCGGCAGUGGGCACCCAUGAGCACUUCAACAGCUGGAGCUCCGGCUUUGUCAUCCACCACUACGCUGGCAAGGUCUCCUACGACGUUAACGGAUUCUGUGAGAGGAACCGGGACGUUCUCUUCUCUGAUCUCAUAGAGCUGAUGCAGACCAGUGAGCAGGCCUUCCUCCGGAUGCUCUUCCCUGAGAAGCUGGAUGUAGACAAGAAGGGCCGCCCCAGCACUGCUGGCUCCAAGAUCAAAAAACAAGCCAAUGACCUGGUGGCCACGCUGAAGAGAUGUACACCCCACUAUAUCCGCUGCAUCAAACCCAAUGAGACCAAGAAGCCCCGUGACUGGGAAGAGAGCAGGGUCAAGCACCAGGUAGAGUAUCUGGGCCUCAAGGAAAACAUCAGGGUGCGCCGCGCUGGCUUCGCCUACCGCCGCCAGUUCUCCAAGUUCCUGCAGAGGUACGCCAUCCUGACCCCUGAGACGUGGCCACAGUGGCGAGGGGACGAGCGCCAGGGGGUCCAGCACCUGCUUCGGGCAGUCAACAUGGAUCCAGACCAGUACCAGAUGGGGAGCACCAAGGUCUUUGUCAAGAACCCCGAGUCACUCUUCCUUCUGGAGGAGAUGCGAGAGCGCAAGUUCGAUGGCUUUGCCCGCACCAUCCAGAAGGCCUGGAGGCGCCACGUGGCUGUCCGGAAGUAUGAGGAGAUGCGGGAGGAAGCUUCCAACAUCCUGCUGAACAAGAAGGAGCGGAGACGCAACAGCAUCAAUCGGAACUUCGUCGGGGACUACCUGGGGCUGGAGGAGCGGCCAGAGCUGCGUCAGUUCCUGGGCAAGAGGGAACGCGUGGACUUCGCUGACUCGGUCACCAAGUACGACCGCCGCUUCAAGCCCAUCAAGAGGGACUUGAUCCUGACGCCCAAGUGUGUGUAUAUGAUCGGCCGGGAGAAGGUGAAGAAGGGACCAGAGAAGGGCCAGGUGCGUGAGAUCCUGAAGAAGAAGCUGGAGAUCCAGACCCUUCGGGGAGUUUCCCUCAGCACGCGGCAGGACGACUUCUUCAUCCUCCAAGAAGACGCCGCCGACAGCUUCCUGGAGAGCAUCUUCAAGACCGAGUUCAUCAGCCUCCUGAGCAAGCGCUUCGAGGAGGUGGCGCGGAGGGCCCUGCCCCUCACCUUCAGCGACACACUACAGUUCCGGGUGAAGAAGGAGGGCUGGGGCGGAGGCGGCACCCGCAGCGUCACUUUCUCCCGCGGCUCCGGCGACUUGGCGGUGCUCAAGGCGAGCGGCCGGGCGCUCACAGUCAGCGUGGGCGACGGGCUGCCCAAGAGCUCCAAGCCUACAAGGAAGGGAAUGGCCCAGGGAAAACCUCGAAGAUCAGCCCAGGUCCCUGCCCGGGCAGCCCCUGGACCUCCCAGAGGCCUGAACCACAAUGGGGUGCCCCCUUCUGGCAGAAGGGGGCCCCUGCCCCUGGAGAUCACAUCUGGAGGGGGCUCCCAGCAGCCUCUCCGAGGCCCUCCAUCCGGGGCCCUGAGGGCCAGCAGACGGCCCCGGGCACGGCCCCCCUCAGAGCACAACACAGAAUUCCUCAACGUGCCUGACCAGGGUGUGGCCGGCAUGCAGAGGAAGCGCAGCGUGGGGCAGCGACCGGUGCCAGGAGUGGGCCGACCCAAGCCCCAGCCCCGGACGCACGGCCCGCGGUGCCGGGCGCUGUACCAGUAUGUGGGCCAAGAUGUGGACGAGCUGAGCUUCAAUGUGAACGAGGUCAUCGAGAUCAUCUUGGAAGAUGCCUCGGGCUGGUGGAAAGGCCGGCUGCAUGGCCAGGAGGGCCUCUUCCCAGGAAACUACGUGGAGAAGAUCUGAGAGGGGGCCCGGGUUCGCCUCCUGCCUGCCUGCCUGUCAGGGAGCCAGGCCCUGCCAGCGGGGGCCUCAUUCUCCUUGGCCGCAUUAGCCAGAAGGUCCAGUCCUGUGGCCUCCAGCCCAGGCCCUGGGUCUGGGGGUCACCACCGCAGCCAUCCCAGGGCCCUGGCCUCCCCCAUGUCACAUGCAUUGCCUCCUGUGCCAAACAGGACUAACAGCAGGAUCUACCUCCCAAGCUGCCUCAUGAGUAUAAUUGAGUUGUGUCCUGUCCGCAAAGUGCCAAGCACAGUUGGGGGCACCUUAACAAGUGAGACCUCCCUCCUUCUGUCAUCACUGAGGCAGUAAACCUUUGCCAGGCGAAAG